CAGGCGCCAAAACAGGCAGCCGCGGUGACAGCCGCACGGGAGCACCGGCGUGGCAUCACCUCUCCGAACGCUGUACUGCGCUAUUGCGCGGCGCAGCCAAUGAUAAGCUCAGCCUCGGAGCUCAGUUAAUCGGAGCUCCGUGAAGGACGCGAGCUCUCGCCGUUAGCAGCUACGGUUCUGUAGUGCAGCGCGCGCACCUCUUCUAACGGCGCCACUGAAGUUCACGAUUAUGGAUUUUAUUAUUAUUGUAUUUUUUUUUUAUUUUUUACGUGGUCGCAUCUAAUCUAAAGCCCUAAAGGAAUCUCAGGUACGGAACUGGAUCCUGAUCUGACGUAGUCGGUCGGGGGUCUGAGGCAGCGCAAGCGUCGGGAUUGGCGGACAGCAGCGGCGUUGGGAGGAGGAGGAGGAGGAGAGCAGCCGUACUUUUAAAACCUCUUCUGUGUGCGCCGUGGACGCGGAGACAGAUCCGUUUCUCCAUGUUGGAAUCGGCGAGCUAUCCUAUGGCGAGUCACGCACCCGCACUCUGGCACGGGAGCUGGUUUAACCCAGGAUACAUAACCACCACGCCCGUGCUGAAGGAGGCGGCGAAGCCGAAGAAGGGGCUCUAUCUGGUCCGGAUGAUGGCCCUGAACGGCAGAAAGGAGAACGUCAGCUCCCAGCAGCAGCACAACAACAUGCCCUUCAUGAUCCACUGUCACAUCGGGAAGGAGAUAAAGCACAUUUGCAGCAACUGCAGCCGCGGUACUGAGUCGCAAGACGCAGAGGAGGUUGAACGGCUGGCUGCCAUGCGGUCCGAGUCUCUCGUGCCUGGGGCCCGCACGCCGCCCAUUCGUCGCCGCAGCCGGUUUGCCACCCUCGGCCGCCUCUUCAAGCCCUGGAAGUGGAGGAAGAAGAAGAGUGAGAAGCUGAAGCAAACCUCGACAGCUCUGGAGCGGGAGGUGUGUCUGCGGCAGGCCCGGGAAGACCUGCUCAAGCGCAGCGCGCUGCAGGAGGCUUUUGAGAAAGACCCGAGGCUGUCCAUAGCCAAGCAGGACGGGAGGCUAGAGAACGGCCUGCCUCAGGGUGCCAAGCUCGGCGUGUUCGAGGGCGGCAGACCAGCAGAGCUCCUCCAGGGCCUCGCAGAUGGCCAUGGAGCUGCCACCAUUGAAUUCCGGGCCUCUGUUGAAGGCGGGGUCUGUUCUCAGGACCCCUCCAUGAAGUCGUCCAUGGUUCUGCCUGUGAAGAAAUCGGUUAACUUCCCAGGUGACCUGCAGGAGAACCCAGCCAAGCCUCCGCUAUUCCACAAGCAGCCGCCUGCCCUCCCCCCAAAGCCCUUCCCGCGCCCGGCCAACCACAGCACAGAGCCAUGCCAGACCCUCAAGCUGCCUUGCCUGCAGGGGAAGUUGUCUCCUCCUCUCCCUCCUAAGAAAGUGAUGAUCUGCGUGCCCUCCGGAGGCCUGGAGCCACCCGUCUCUUCGCCCAGCCCCCUCGCCGUCUACCCCCAGAAGUGCGCUCCCAUGAUGCACCACCACGGUCACCCCCACCAGCUGCAGUAUGGCGGCGUCCCCAGCCGCAUCAUCGAGGAGCUGAACAAGACGCUAGCGCUGACCAUGCAGAGGCUCGAGAGUUCCGCACUGCAUUCUGGGCCAUGUAGUCUUCUGGAGGGCAGGACGAUUCCCACGGUGGUGAUUGACUGUGAGGACGACAAAGAGAACAUGCCCAGCGAGUCGGACUACGAGGACCUGCCUAGCAUGUACAAGGACGAGCUCGAGGAGGAGGACGAGGAGGAUGAAGAGGAUGACGACUCUCUUUUCACAAGUACUUUAGCCUUGAAGGUGUUGAGGAAAGACUCCUUGGCUAUAAAGCUGAGUAACAGGCCGUCUAAGAGGGAGCUGGAGGAUAAGAACAUUCUGCCCAUGCAGACGGAUGAGGAGAGACACGAGUCCAGACAGCAGAUUGGCACCAAGCUCACACGGAGACUGAACCAAAGGCCCACAGCAGAAGAGUUGGAACAGAGGAACAUCCUAAAACCCCGGAAUGAGCAAGAAGAGCUGGAGGAGAAGCGGGAGAUCAGGCGGAGACUGACGCGUAAGCUCAGCCAGAGGCCCACGGUGGAGCAGCUGCGGCAGGCCAAGAUCCUAAUCCGUUUCAGCGACUACGUGGAGGUGGCGGACGCGCAGGACUACGACCGGCGGGCGGACAAGCCCUGGACGCGACUCACCGCAGCCGACAAGGCCGCCAUACGGAAGGAGCUCAACGAUUACAAGAGCAACGAGAUGGAGGUGCAUGAAUCCAGUCGCCAUUUAACCAGGUUCCACAGACCGUAGAUGUCCACUGUCCAGAGAGGGCAGUACCAGGGACGCUGGGCAGUCUGGCGUGUACACUAAAGCAAGAGAGAAGGGGUGCCUUUACCAACUCUCCAGUACUCUGGAAAUACCCCAACCUCACCACCAACGCAGACUGACACAGCAGCAAGAGCACCACCUGGGCUCAGUUAGGUUAUUCAUUUGUGUGUUUAUUUUUAUUUACUUAUUUUAGGGGUUCUCUUUAUUCUCUGUAAUGCUACAAUUCUUGUUUGUUGGUUAGGGGACUGGGAGUGGUGAAGGGAUUAUGAGGUGUAUGGUGAGGUUGAUUGUGAGGUGUUUGUUGGUGAGGGGGCGGUGAGGUUGAUUGAGGUGUUUGGUGUGGGGAUGGUGAGGUGUUUGGUGAAUGGAUAGUGAGGUUGAUUGUGUGUGUGUGUGUGUGUGUGUGUGUGUUUGGUAAGGGGAUUGUGAGGUGUUUGGUGGUGAGGGGAUGGUGAAGUGUUUUCCCCCUAACAGGACCUCUUUUACAUGGUUUGCCUGUUUAACACUACACUUGACAUCAUACACGCCAUCUGAAGAUGAGUAUCCCUACAUCCUAUUGUGAGAGUCCGUCCCUAAAAUUCACUCUCCAUGUUUUCUCUCUGACAAUCAGUAGGUGGCGCUCACACCACAGGCUGACACGGCACAGCCAUACUGACUGGGGUCUUGUGCAAUAUUCAUUUAGAAGGUCAGCCCACUAGCGCUCUCUGCUGGCACACAUUGGCCAUUGCCAUCAUAGAAAUGCUCUCCAGUACAUCCAAACUGUAUAGACUGAAGUGGACCUCUGCGGCAAACUGUGAAUUAUGGAGAGCAGACGUCGUUUGUGCUCUUCCAAAAUGUACAUUCUGUUUAUACUGGAUUAUUAAAUAGGAUAUUUUAAUUGUGCAUUUGCAUUAUUCAUAUAAGGGAUGGAAAAUGUUUAUUUAAACGAGGAAGGGCUUGCUUGCGUUAAGCGGGGGCGCGGGGCCACAGAUGUGAAGACUGUCUGUCUGUCUGUUUUGCUUUUGGUGUUUGUCUGUUCUUUUCUUUUUUUGUUCCUUUUUUAAGAAUGUUAAAAUGACACUUUAUAUUUUUUUCUAAGGCUUUUUUUUUCUUCUUUUUUUCCUUUUUGUAAGGUCACCUCCAGCCUCACUGGCUAUUGGAAAUCAUAUAGCUCGACCCAAAUGUUUUUCUGGGGCUGGGCUCAAAACCCAGGGAUUUUUAAAAAUCUGAAUGAUUUAUUACUGUUGCUUUUUAUACACAUGGGUUUUGUUGAUGCACAACGCUCUAAUCUUGGAUUGCACAUCUGUUUGUACUCCUAUGAUUAAGAGAUUUUAGAAUCACUCGGGUGCACUAACCACAUGAUCUUCUCAACCCACCUUUUCCCGAGUUUUGGUUUGGUUUCUAAAGCUGGUCAGACUGAGCAAUAUUCUUAAUGCCUGCUGUAAAAUGUUAGAAGGAUAUUGGUCAUAUGUUUACUGCUUAUUGCCUUUGUGGCUACAAUAAUCUUAUAUUUUUUUUUAACUGCUGUAAUCUAUAAUAUGGACUAAAUUUUGAAGGUCUUUAUGAUGCUUUGUAUUUUUCUCUUUGAUUAUUAUAAUUAUAAUUAUUAUUAUACCGGCCAGUGGAAGGUUUUAUCCGAUAUCUGAAACGAUGCAUCUGAAAAGGAGAGUUGGGAUGUGACUCGCAGGGUCUGCCGUCCUGUGUGGUUUAGCCGUGGUGGGGGGUGUUCUUCCCUCACACCUGAACCUCCGUUAUUCUCAGCAAGUACAGGACUGUAAGAAACUGGAACAUAAACCUGAGAGCCCCAUUGCCAUCGAGCGCUGGGAUUCUGUGCGGCUUCUCGGGGUUCCGUACCCUUUGCCGUACCUGACUUACCAGAGAUGUUCUGGCAUCCUCUACUGCAGACGUGUAUGCACAGUACACUGCUCAGAUGACCCAUCACUUGUGUGUCCAAAACUCUGGUAUUUCCUGUAAUGCCCUGGAAAGAGUAGGCGUGUACUAAGCCCUUAAUGAAGGGUUCACCACGAAUCACGCUCCACUCUCGUUAGCAUCUAAUUAGCAUGCAUAACUCACCAACUUUUAAUAGAGUAUCCCACAAACUUUCCAUUCAUUUAUGAAUGCCAUGUCUCUGUGCUCUGGUUGCUGGGGAGGAACACAACGUAUUUCGGGUCAGAAAUGUGGUUGAUUUAAACGUUUCGGUCCAUUUUGGAAUUUCGUACGCUAGUGCUGUUCACACACGUGGAAUGCACGUGGACUGUGUGCUUGCCGUUCUCUACCAGCGAGAGCUGCUAAACGGGAGCUGCUGUCCAGCGGGCCUGUGGCCCAAACAGCCAUGAGCACGGCUGGGUCCAGCUCGUCCAGCAGGACAGCCGCUUUGCUCUGCCCUCACCAGAGCUUUGGCCAAAAUUCCGUGGCAUCGAUUGCUGGAGAAGAUCUGUCAGGCAGCUCAAAGGGAGUGAUCAUGUUACCAUGGCACCUUGUUAGGGAUGGUAAACCAAAGGUUGUGGCAAAAGUUACUUUCUUAAUCUAAGAAAGAUUGUCACUGAAUUGUUUGCAUGGAUGCACAAAAAAGCAGGCACUAAAUAUCCUCUCUCAAAAGCUUUGGGAACGUAAAUGUUCACAGAAAAAGCACUUGGCUAACAGGCGAGAGAUUUCGAAGUUGUUUGACGUGAAGCUAAAACUGUUCUUUGGCUGGAGAUGGUGGAUUCAGGAAUGUGAACUCAGCAAUAAAGUGUUGUUUCCCUUCCUCUCCUCCAUGUACAUGUAUAGAGUGUGUGUGUGUGUGUACACGCGUGCAUACGUACGUACGUGUGUGUGUGUGUGUGUGUGUGUGUGUGUGUGUGUGUGUGUGUGUGUAUGUAUGUACGUACGUACGUACACAUGAGAGAAUGGAUGUGAGAGAACCCUUUGCUGGAAGCAGAUUCAACUUCCAGUGUCCUAAAGCUCUAUCUUCAUUAAAUGCCAUGACCAAACUUGUGUGACUGGCCUUAUUCACUGAUUGUGUCAACACUGGGACUUUGGGGACACUUCAUUCAACUGUAGCAGCCAUCCAGCUGCUUGGGUAGUGUUGUUUCUAAUUAUGUUUAGAGCACUUGGAAUUUCUCACUUUAGAUUAAGUGCUAAAUUGAUUAAAUAAUGUGUCAUUAUCAGCAAUCCAAUUUCCGUUUGUGUGUGUGUGUGGCUUUAAAGACGGGACGGAAAAGAGAAAGAUUAAGGUGUGGCAACACAAUUGCCCAUUGGGUUAUUCUGCAUAUUUAGGCUAAAUGCCCAACUCCUUAUAAAAAUAUGUUCGACAGCCAUAAGCCAUAAAAACCCUCCUAUGUCAUAAUGCAUGCCAUCCUACAAGCAGUAGUGUUUAUUGUAUUUAAUCUUAUGACUGUUUUAAGGAAAUUCAUCUUUAUAAAUAUACUUGUUCUGAUACUAAUAGCAAAAAAUUUUUUAGUCAGCUAUAAUCACCUGUCCUUAAAACCUCUUCAUAAAUAAAGCUGUAUGAUCACA